AUGGCGAACAAGACCGACGCCGCUCGAUGGAACCAACCUUACACGGAGCCUGAUCCGAACAAUUACUCUGCGUACCAACGAGAGAUAUACGCCUCUCUACGGGCACCCAACUUCUCAACCAAGCCGGCUGAAUGGGAAUCUCUAGCCCGCUCCAAAGUCCCUGCUCCUAACUUCGGCUAUGUGUGGGGGUCGGCGAGCAGUGGUAAAACAAACGCUGCCAACAUUUCUGCGUUUGAUCGGUACCGGAUUCGACCCCAUAUGCUGGUCAAUGCUACUCGUCGCGAUCUGAGUGUCGAGCUGUUCGGAACCAAGUAUAACAACCCACUUCUUGUCGCCCCAGUUGGGGUCCAGAAUAUUAUGCAUGAAGAUGCUGAAGAGGCCACUGCCAAAGCUUGUCAAAAGGUCGGCGUACCUAUGAUUCUCUCCUCAGCUGCCACGAGAACCAUUGAACAAGUGGCUGAAGCCAAUGGCUCCGGUGACCGUUGGUAUCAACUCUACUGGCCCAAACCGCAGUACGAAGAAGUUACUGUCAGCUUGCUUAAUAGAGCGAAAGCCAACGGAUACAAAGUCCUCGUCGUUACAUUAGACACCUUCAACCUCGCUUGGAGGCCAACCGAUCUCGACACCGCAUAUCUCCCUUUUAUUUGGGGUGACGGCUGCCAGAUUGGACACUCUGACCCAGUCUUCAACCGUAGAUAUGAAGAAAUUCAGAAGAACGAUACAAGAGGCUACGGAGAGAAGUUGGCCGAGCUCUGGACAAUGAUGAAGAGACCGGGUUCAGUCUAUGGGGCGGUGCGAGUGUUGACUAACACCUCUCUCCUUCCAAAGUCGAGGGCUUGGUUGGACGUCUUGAACUCCGGCACGUACAGGGAGUGGGAGCACUUGGAAAUUCUGAAGAAGCUAUGGGACGGUCCAAUUGUCCUCAAAGGGAUCCAGACGGUGGAAGACGCUCACAGAGCCAUUGACUAUGGAAUGGAUGGCAUCAUCGUGAGCAAUCACGGAGGCCGACAAUGUGACGGUGCCAUCGCUUCUUUGGAUGCUUUGGCCGAGAUUGCCGCCGACGAAAGGGUCAAACGAUCUAGUCUAACUCUAUUGUUUGACAGUGGUAUCCGUUCGGGGAGUGAUGUGUUGAAAGCAUUAGCGCUAGGCGCAAAAGCCGUGUGCAUUGGCAGGCCUUACAUGUAUGGUCUUGCCUUCGGGGGUCAAGAAGGGGUGGAGCAUGUCCUGCGGUGCUUGCUUGCUGACACUGACAACAUGCUGGGAAAUAUGGGCAAGAAGAGCGUGAAAGACCUGAACCGACAUAACUUACAGACCAGGCCAGAGUCAAAGCUGUAG